AUGGAAUUCCGUACAUGGGAGAAAGUAGCAAAAGAAAAGAAAGAAGAAAUGAUUAACAAAUUACGUAUUGUCGUAGCGAAGAAGAUUGGGGUUAUUUGUGAGAUUAUUGGGAAUCGGAUAAAGCAAAAGCAAUAUGUUGAACAAACAAAACAUAAUCGGGGAAAACUUGUUAUUCCAAGUAGAGGAGGCUCAAGAUCGAUAGCAAAUCACAAAUUUUCCAUGGAGGCUUUAAGUGGACCUGUUAUGAGGAAAAAGGAUAUACAUCUCUUAUCAACCGCAGAAACAUCUCAAUCAACCUCAAAAGAUGAAGAAGAUAUGAAAAGUAAGGUUGUUGCACUUGAGGAGGAGGUUCGAAUAAAUGAACAAAAAGUCAAACAAAGUGAGGAAAAAUGUGAAAAAAUGUUCCAAUUUAUUUUCUCGAAGUUCCCAAAUUCUCAAAACAUAUUAUGUCCACCCGAUGAAGACGAAGCUCGUGCGUACGAUGACAUAACAGAUCUAUCAGAGCAAGCAUAG